AGUGAAGGCAGCAGAAAUAGGAGCUGAGAAAGAAAGCACUUUUGGUGCACUACAGUUUGAGAAACAGUGUGGAUUGUGACAAACUACUUUAAAUCCCCAAAGUGGAAGUGAGCUUUGUUACUGAUGCUGACCUUUGGGAACUUUUAAAUGAAAACUGAAAUUGAAAUGGCUUAUCAGGGUGGCAGUCAUUUAAACUCUCUAGCUAUAUCUGUCCAGAGGAUGCAUUUGAUGCAAGUGGAUUCUGUCCAGCGCUGGAUGGAGGACUUAAGAUUGAUGACCGAAUGUGAAUGUAUGUGUAUUCUUCAGUCUAAACCUAUCAGUAUUGAUGAUGACCUAAACAGUGACAUUCUUCUCCCACCACAUCAAACUGUAAGAGAUAACUUGCAGGCAUUGCUUAAACGAGCUUGGAUUAUAAGUACAGAACUGACAAAGAUUCUUCAGAAGUUGGAAAACAACAGGUGGCAAAAGGUCCAUAGUACAGCGUAUGAAAAACCAUUAAUGGAGAAAUGUGCGGAGCUAACAACAAUGACUGAAAGAUGCACACACAUAAAUGAAGAACAGACAUUAUCAACAAUGAAAGCUUCUAUUUCUGAAACACUAUCUUGCGUUGGACAACUUUUCAGUCAGAUGAUUGAACUAGCAUUGUCUCAAGAAAUUCAGGCCCUAGUGAGAGAAACUGAUACAUCUGAUAACAUCUAUAGCAUUGGAGCAGCCAUGAGUGGGUUAUUUAGUCUUACACAAGAAGGGCCUCACUUAUGCCAUAUCAUUGCUAAGGAAGGUGGAGUUGUUUCUCUUUUUAAGAUUUGUAGGCAAGAUCGUUUUCGUUGCCUUUAUGCACCUGCACUUAGAACACUGGCAUCCAUAUGUUGCGUAGAAGAAGGCAUAAAUCAACUUGAAAAGGUGGAUGGAAUACUCUGCUUAACAGACAUCCUAACUGAUGAAACAAAUUCUGAAUCCUCGCGUGCCGAAGCAGCAGCAGUUGUAGCGCAGAUCACAUCUCCACAUGUCACUUGUACUCAGCAUUUGGGCAGUUUUCUUGAAAACAUGGAAGAAAUCCUGGCUGCUCUUUCUAAAUUAUGCCAAUUUGCCUCAUCAGGAGAAGUUUUUCUCUUGGCAUCUGCAGCUCUUGCCAAUAUUACCUUUUUUGAUACCAUGGCUUGUGAAGUUCUACUUCAGCUCAAUGCUGCCCAGAUACUUAUCAAUGCUUGCCAUGACAGAAUGCGAGUGGACACACCUUACUCGAAAGAUCAGGUGGUGACGAUACUAGCUAACAUGGCUGUUGUUGACCAGUGCGCUUCAGAGAUCAUCCAGGAAAAUGGUUUGCAACUUCUUUUAGAAAUGUUGUUUGAAAAGCCAUCCUACAGAAGUCCUGCAGAAGAAGCUGCAUGUGAACGAGUUCAGCAAAAAGCUGCUGUUACAUUGGCGCGGCUAAGCAGAAAUGAAGACAUUGCACAAGCUGCAGUUAACCUCCAGUGCAUUCCUCGGCUGAUUGAACUAUGCAAAUCACCCACAGAAAGAAAUAAUAGUGAUUCUGUUCUGGUUGCUUGCUUGGCAGCAUUACGAAGGAUUGCAGCUACUUGUCCAGACUGCAUUGGAGACUCUGAUUAUCAAAGGUUAAUCAAACCAAGACUAGUUGACUCCUUUCUAUUGUGUACAAAUAUGGAAGAAAGUUUUGUAUAACUCUAGAUCACCUGCAUCAUGUGUGAUGGCAUGGAGCGUUUCUCCCCAGGCCUCCACUGAAAAUGGGCUCUGUCCCAGUCUGACUUUCCCAAUAAACAAAUGUUAAAUAAAUACAUGAAUGAAUAAAACAUUACCAUGAAAAGGAAAUACAUUUAUAGAUUUUGUGGCAUAUUUCAUAAUAAUAAAUACAUUUUAAAUGUUAACGACACAACAAUAGUAAAAUGUCACACAAUGAAAUCUGUCAUGGAUUCAGACAGUAAAAUAUAUUUACUUUUGUGAAGUAUAUGAAGAACAUAACAUUCAGAGCUACAUAAAAGACUGCAUGGUUCAAAUGUUUGAUAUAUUAGGUAUCAAAUACUUAUUUUGAUUAUAAUGUGCCUCUAAGCCGGCAGUGAAUCUAAAACAAUUUACUAAUAAAGAUAUUAAAUAUAUCAAUAAAUAAAGUGUGAUUUCAAAGUUUCAGUGUAAACUAGAUUUGAAAUUAGCUACAUUUUAGUGAUAUUAAUCUGGGUAAUAUGAAACUUCUUUAACACAUUUCGCAAAUGCAAAUUGUACCCAUUUUGCUUGUUACUGACUAAUUAGGCUUUGUGGGAAGUUUUAUUCUGCUGCAAGGCUGUAGCAGCAGUAAAAGUGUUAUCUAAAAUUCAGCAGUCACUUUUUCUAUAUUUGCAGUUAAUUUGUCCUUAAACCUUUCAACAGCUACAAAAUAAUUAAAUCAAUAACAUUAUUGAAUUACAUUUCUGCCUUUUAAAAUGUCAUUUAUCUUUGAUGACGAUGGUGAGGACAAUGAUGACAGUGUGUGUGUGUGUGUGUGUGUGUGUGUGUGUGUGUGUGUGUGUGUGAAUUCAAAGCAUUUUAUUCAGUGCGAUACUAAGAAUGUUGAGUACUUUGCAAAAUAUUAUUGUCAAAGUUGUGGCAUGCUGGUAUAUAGAUGCUACAUUUUGUUGUUUUCUGGAAUGGUAAUAUUGUGUAUGCCUUUAGCAAUGUCAUUAGACUGCCUUCCAUUUAUUUUUUGUUAAAAAGUGUUAUGAAAGUUCAAGAGAAAGAGCACUACAUAUGUUUGAUGAAUGCUGCAUUAUAUUUUCAAAAUCUACAGUAAUUGCUAAGAAAGAUUAUAAUUUUAUUACAAAGUAAAAGGUUGCUAAUCAUUUCUUAGUUAUGUCAGGAACAUGAAGCAGACAACAGUUAUGCAAUAAUAAAAACAUACCUACAAUAAUACCAUGGAAAUAUGCUGUGAAUAAUAUAUAAAGGUCAUCUGUUUUUUUUUUAAGCUAAUGUGUUUCAUUAUCUGUUGUUCCUUAUGUCACAAGAAAAGUCUAGUAAUUGCAUCCUUUAAUUUUAUCUCAUACACACCAUCCUCUACAUUACCACCCUCACAGUGAACCAAUACUCCACCUUAUUCUCCCUUGGGUGCUUCUUCUCCAUCUUACAUCAUUUCUUCCUGGUACUCUUCUAGUUACCAUUGUUUCUUCAGAAUUGGAUGCAUUUGCUCUUAUCUUCUUAUGCCAUACCGACCAGAUUUGUAUGUACAUUCACUCUCACACACACAUAUUUAUUUAUAUUAUAAAUCUUUUGUUUAUAAUAACUCUGACUAAAUUCCACACUAAACAUAAGUGUUGCUGUUUGUCAGUUCUCUUGUUAACAUUUAAUGGGGUCACACUGGCAGUCUUUCAUUAGUCCAGUCUGCUUACUUCAUAGUCGGAAAACAUUACUUGAUUCCCAAACUGUUGCUAGCCCAUCACAAACACAUGCUAACAGUGACCCUGUCUCACAGCAGACUUUAGAUGCUGUAUCAUAUUUCUUCAAAUGGAAAUGUGAGUAUCCAAUAGGAUUCAGACUGAUAAAGUGGCAGGUUUCAGAGUUUCCAUUAAUGAAACCCUUUUGAAAACUAACCGUAAAUAAAGUAUUUCACUAUGAGCAACAAAUGAUUACAUUUAUUUUACAUGACACAAAACGCUAAAUUUAUAAACACUUUCCCCACUGUGUAGGUUAUAAAAUAGAACAUAUAUAAAAUAUAAAGUUUAAAGUACAUGAAAAGAAAAGUAAAGUCAAAGAAGACAAGUGUAUAUAAUAGAGUACUUUGUGUGGAAUCCGAGUGAUAAUUCCCAGACUCUAUAGAUUCUUGAAUACAGUUAUUAGAAGAAACGUUAUUUUCAAGCAUAUUGUAUAGUUUGUAGGUUUGUGCUUCCAUUGUGGCAGUAAUUUAUAUGUAUUUUGUACAUGUUGGACUGUUUUCAUAAAAUCUUUACAGCCGUGUUUACACUUAACAAGCCUCUUGCUAUAUUGCAUUAAACAAGUAUGAAAAUAGUGCUAUAAAAUCUGCUGUCAUUAUUCCAGUGUGUUACCUUCUCAGUUUCUAACUUGUGUGCACUUCAUUUGCAUGCACUUUAAAGAUUAGCUUGUGCAGAGUCCCAAAAGAUGUGCAAAUUAUAUAUUGAUUCGUAUUGAUAUGCACUGCAUCCUACAGAGAGAUUCGGAAAGUAUGAAUCAUUAUUUUGUUGCAGGUGAGAUAUGCAUUACCUGGACGCAGUCAUUUUUUAACGGAAUCUA